AUGGAGGUAGAAACCGUGGGCUGCGCCGGCGGCGCCGCGGGGGGAAAGCGGGGCCGGGUGAAAGGCGCGGGCGCGGACGCGGAGCCGGAGGCGAAGCGCCGCGCGGUGGCAACCGUGCUGCCGCCCACGGGUUCCGCCGCGGCGCCGUGGGGGCAGCAGCACCCGGCCUCGCGGAUCUACCGCGUCUCGCGGGCGUCCGGCGGCAAGGACCGCCACAGCAAGGUGUACACGGCGAAGGGCAUCCGGGACCGCCGCGUCCGCCUCUCCGUCGCCACCGCCAUCCAGUUCUACGACCUGCAGGACCGCCUCGGGUACGACCAGCCCAGCAAGGCCAUCGAGUGGCUCAUCAGGGCCGCCGCCGACGCCAUCGACAAGCUCCCUUCCCUCGACGCCGCCGCGGGGUUCCCCGCGCACCCGGCCUCUGCCACCAAGGACCACCACCACGCUCCGCCUGUCGGUGGUGACGACGACGAACACCAGCAGCAGCAGCAGCUCACGAGGUCCGGAUGCAGCAGCACGUCGGAGACCAGCAAGGGCUCGGUGCUCUCGCUCUCCCGCUCCGAGAGCCGGGUCAAGGCACGGGAGCGCGCCAGGGAGCGGAGCGCCGUUGCCAGGGACAAGGACAAGGACAAGGACCCCGCCGCCGCCGCCAACGCCAGCGACGGCACCGCCAGGCGCGCCGCGGCUACCACCUCGGCGCAGGCGGCGUCCUUCACCGAGCUGCUCACGGGGAUGGCCGCGGCCAGCGCCGCCGCGCCCGCCGAACACAAGCACCACCAGCAGUCGUCGGUGUCCUGGGAGCAGCCGACGACUGUCUCCGCCACCGCCGACUACAUCGGGUUCGCGCAGCCCCGGAAGGGCGGGGGACACGUGAUGGCGCACGCCUUCGCCACCCCCGCUCCCCACCUCAGCAACAUUGCGUCCAUCGCCAUGGCCCCGGCGGCGCAGCACUUCGGCUUGGCCAGUGGUGCCGUCACCGUCGCCUCUGGCAGCGGCGAGCCGCACGCUGAGAUGACGCACUACUCGUUCUUGCAGGACCAUUUCAUGCCUGUCCACGCGGCGCCGGCGCCGGCGCCGGCGUCGGCUCCCGCCAUAGAAUACAACCUCAACUUCUCCAUGUCCUCGGGUCUUGUGGGUGUCAACAGUAGGGGGACCCUUCAGUCCAAUUCGCAGCCGCACAUCUCCGGCCACCACCACCACCACCACCACCAGCUCCAGAGGCUGUCUACUCCACUGGACGCUCCCAACAUACCCUUCCUGUUCAGCCCGCCCGCCGCUGCCGCUGCGGCGCCCACCACGGCCGAGGGCCAAUUCGCCGCGUUCCAGCUCUGGAACGGGUUUCAGCACGCAGACAUGAAGGAGAAGGGCAAGAACUGA